AUUUUGGAUCGCGUGUCAGGACGCAGGCGAGGCCGUCACGAUGAAGCACUGACCUUAAUGCACCGUGAACUUGCCUGCAUUGCCAGGGAAAUGGAACCUUUUAUUUUGGAGCCUGGGAAUUUGCUUUUGUCAAAACUGUUGGAAUCAGAUAGCAAAAUCGAACUUCUGUUCAAAAAGAUUGAGCUCCACACUGAUCUGGAAGGCUUCUCAAUAGAAAGUUUGGAAGAAUUGUGGGAUGUCAUCCACAAGGAAUCCUUGGCCAGAAGGAAGUGGAUUAGGGAAAUGGAUGAAACCUUAAAAAUGGUCGAAUGGAGUCGAACUGACAAAAUAACAGAAGUACUGAGAAAGUACACCGUGAUGUUGGAGGAGAUUGCGUUCCUCUUACCACCUGAUGUCUACAGGUUCAUGAAUGAUGAAGCCAUGAUUAUUAACAGAGCCCUAUUGGCCAAUCGGAGGGCAAUUGCCAAGCUGUUCUUUAAUCUAAUGAAAAUGGAGUUGAAAAGGGAAUUAUCACAUAGGUUGAAAUGGCAGGAUAAGGUGAAGGACUGGAGGCUCCUGCAAAAGAACAAUGUGCUUCAGAGUUUCAGAGAAUUUAUGGCAAGUGAAGAAAUACAGAAUCCACCAGCUGUACAACAAGAAGUGGAAAACAUGAUAGAGAAUCACAUUUUCCUUAAUGAAAGGAGAGUAGAAUUUCUGCAACACCUUGGGUAUGAAAAAAAAAAGAAUAGUAAUGGGAAAACAGGUCACCUUUUGCCCCCUACGCACACGAAAGCUGAGAUGAACGAAUGGUAUGAAUCGUUGGUGGAUUUGAACAGCAGCAUAGAUACCCACAGUGAGCAGUGUCUGCUGAAAAUUCGUGCCCAGUAUGAGAGGGUCCAGCAGAAAUGUUUGACAGAAGUGCAGUUAUGCCAGAAUAAACUGCUGAAUCUGAAAGCUUGCACACAAAUGGAGGCUGAAGAAAUUGUGAAUUCUGACUUGCUUCAGUUGACUGAAAAAUUACAAAGUCGGUUUGAAGAGGAACUGGAUCACAUGGAUAGAGAUUUGAAGGAGCUGGCUAAGCAGAAUGAACAAAACUGUAGAGAAUUGUACAGUUAUUUUCAGGAGGCCAUCGCCCUCUGGGAUGUCCAUCAGCUCAAACUCUCCUACCAAGAAGAUGAACUUAAGCAAAAAUUAGAUGAAUGCAGGUGGAGACAGGAUAACUUCAUACAGAUGACAGAAACUGAUCUGGAUAUAGUUUUGGAUAAAAUGAGAACAGCAAGCUCUGAAGAAAAGCUGAAGAGAUAUUUGGAGAAAGCUGUUUCUUCUUUGGAUGCUAUUGGAGCUGGGUAUGAGACGUUCAACCAUGUUCUAGUGGAAAAAGUAAUGGCUUACCCAGAAGCUGUUUUGCAGGAGUUGAUUUCUUAUAGUGAAUCCAUCAGCCAAUAUUUCAAUGUAAAAGAAAUCUUUAAACAGACCUUGCAAGGAAAGAUAGAAACAACUUGUCAAGAGCAAGAAUUAAUUGAGGUUUCGGAAGCUGAAAUUACAGUGGAACAGCAAGCUGAGAGCCCUGCACAAGAAUAUGAAGAAGAAAAGGAAAAGACUGAUACCAUUCGACAGGAAAAUAAGGAAACACAUACACCUGAGAAUGAGGACAUCUUUGCACAAGAAACGGAAGAAACAGAGCAACAAGAGGAUGAGGAGAGUAUUCCUCAUGAAAGUGAAGAAACUGAGGAGACCGAGCAGGGGGUAAACUUUGCACAAGAAGGUGAAGAAGAGAACAAAUUUGAAGGUGAAGGAAGUCCUGCAGAUGAUCAUGAUGAAAUGGGAAGACCCCGUCAGGCUGAGGAUGUGAUCAAGAGUGACGAGGUGGAAAGCUCAGAAUUUGCUGUUGAGAUCUUUUCCACUUCUAGUGGAAACACUUACACAGUUUUGGGAGCUGAAGAAGCGGGAAAGAGCAGCAUCCCAGAGAAUUACGUUUCUCAAUACGAACAAAGAGAAUCACUUCCUGCACACCUGAAACAUGUCCUUAUAGAAGAAGCUGUGUUUGCAGAGCUUAAACGAUGGAUUCGCCUCUGCUUCUUUGAGCACUUGGAGAAGUGGUUCACACAGUCUUUAUCCAACUCUUCCGUCAUUGUGGAUGCGAAGAGAGAGGAGCUGAAAUCAGAACUUAAUCUGCACCUUCACUUGCAUCAGUCAAGGCAGGAGCACAUAAAGACAAAUAUCUACAAUGUUAGAGCUGCGGAACUGUCGCUUCACAAGGAGCGUCUGGAGUGUCACUGUGCAGGGGUGGUGGAAGCUCUGGGCAAGGAAAAAAAUGAAUUUUUCCGACUUCGUGAACAGCAAAACACCAUCAGCAAAGACUUCUGCUCACGGGUCCGUGACAUGGGAUCUGCCUUGGUUGGUGCUGCCAAGACUGAGAAGUUGGUUUCUUUCACUGAAAGUCUUCACUCAGAGCUACUUAAUCAUCUCGAAAUCAUCCAGAUUUCCCUGAGAAGCUACCGGAACUAUUUGGAGGAAUCUUUGGGAAAAUUGCGAGAUUCAAAUGUGGAUUUUCUCAAAACUUGCAGAUUAUUUUCAGAGGGAGGUAACUUUUCUCCUGAAGAGAUGCAAUUUUUCUGCAAGCGUCUUCAGAAAGAAUGUGAACGUAUUGACUCUUUCGAAGGUUUAAUCAUGGUUGACAUGGAAAAAAUGGAAUCAGACUACUUUGAGCAGGCUACUGAAAUAAUCAGCCAGUCUGAAACCAAAUUCCGUUAUCUUUCUAUGGAUCGAGCCUUUAUGGAAAAGAUCCAACGAUUUCUGACAAAUCUACAAGUGAAAAUCAAGUCAGAGGUUGCAAACUCUAAUUUGCAGGCGGUGACGUUGAACUCCUGCCUGGAGAAGCUCCAUGAGAAAAUAGAUGCUUGUGCUCGUCCUACUGCGGAUAAAGAAGCUUUGACUUCAGAAGAGUUGUAUGAUUUUUCUAAAAUAGUGUUGAAAGAACUGAAAAAGAGGAGUCAGUAUCUUGACUGCUUGCUAGUAAAUGUAACCAGCCUUUAUGACAACGAGGACGUUUCCUCUUCUGCCACAGAGGUUACAACACAGGGUCCAAGUGCAGAUGCCGUUCGAACAGAGUCCCUCAGAGCUGACAGCAGCAUGAUGCUGAUGGGGUUGGAUCCCGUUAAAUUUCCUUUGUUAAAUCCAAGCAGAAUGGGAAAGUCUGCAGUUGAAGAUAUAUCAAUAAGUGUUAUCAAAAACUUACUUGACAAGGUAUUCAAAAUCCCCUUUUCUUUCAGAAUUCAGCCAUCCCAAAAGUCCUCAAUCUCAAAUCCAGAGAGGAAUGAAGGUUCAAACUCAUUGGCACCAGCAAUUCUUCCCACAUCAAAGAAGAUUUCUUACCUGAAUGUGCCUGAUGAAGGUCCCCAGAAAUCCGCUUACAAUUACCCAGCUCUGAGCACAAAAAAGUCAUCCUCCAUUAUAAGAAAGGUGUCAACAGGAAGUACGCAGAAAUACAGCAGAGCGGGUCGCAAUGACAAGAGAUUCUAUAUAUUUGAAGAGAAGCCUCCAGAAUCUGAUACUUUUAAGGGGAUUAUUAACAGCCUUCUCUGGGCGGGUAGUGACAGCUUGCUCUCUCUUGCUGAGGAGUUCUACCGAAAAGAUAAGCAUCAGAUCACAAUUCCUGAAGAUCUGCCUGAGACAUUUGAACACUGUGCUGAGCGGCUCAGACAGAAACUAGUGUCAUACCAAAGUCAAACAGAAGACUACUAUAAUUCCUGUCUAAUAGAAUUUCGGGAUCAGCUGAAGUUGUUUGAGGAGCAUCUCCCUUAUGUCUCACAGUUGGCAGUCAAUAGUCUUUUAAAAGAGCAUGAGCAGAAGCUCAGCUGUUCCAUUGAUCAGAUUCGGCACCUCUUCAAUAAGCAGCUGGAAAACUGGGAGAGUAUAAAGGCUGUGCACACAAACCAAUUGCGCCCUUCUCUGGGACAUCCAGAUAAUUUGCUUCAGCUGGAAGCUUUGUGCCAGAAAGAAAUAAAAAGGCAAAAAGAGCAAGCUGAUGCCAUUCGCCUCAAUACCCAGAAGAUGCAGACCAGUGCUACUGAGUGUGCUCAGAACUUUGUUUCUGCACUAGCUGCCUUCACAGAAAAGCUGCUUCUGGAAUUAGAUGAAAGUAUCACUAUUGACGACGUACAGCUAGCAAAAAUUGAAAUGCCCAGAGAGAAGAUCUCCACCCUGCUGCGUCGAAAGCAAGCUGGGCUCUCUUUGCAGACCUCUGAAGCUGAGCAGUUGAUUGAACGUGGGAGCAGGACUUGGCCGGGAAUACCAACAACUACUCUUCCAGGCAUUUCAGACCAUAUCCUUUGCAGGGAAACUGCCUCUGUGACAACUGCUAAGACCACACUGGGUCACGUAGCAGUAGUGGAAGCAAGAGAUGCCGUAUAUGAGAAAUACAAAUGUAAACUUGAGCAGCAAUUUGCCCAGAUCAAGGAAGAAAGUGAAGCUCAGCUGAUAAAAGCUCGACGCUGGGAAGACUGGUGGAAACACUCCAUUGAGAAGAUAAAGCAGCUCUAUACAUGAGAUCAGUCGAAUCUUGCUCAUUUCUUUCUGUUCUGCAAAUAAAUGUACUCCUAAUAAAGGAAAGUGAUGCCAUUGUAUAUUUGC